AUGGAGGUUGAGGCAAUGAAAUCGGGGCCUCGCCCUUGUCUUCUUCGCCGGAGACUGCAAAUGAUGGGAAUUCUAUCGAUAAAGAAGAGGCAUAGGCAUCGCCUCUCGAUCCAAUCCGUCUCCCCUGGCCUCCCCAACACACUCUUGAUACGAAAAAAACCUCCCACCAUAGAGAAGAGAUCUAAAGUCUGGGUCCCGCUGAUCACCCUUUCCUUUGAACCUGAACUGGUCGAGAGAGAUGAACCCGCACCACAUUUUCUAACCUUCGAACCGAAACCCCAACUAGAGAUGGAAUUCAAGAACCUAAACAACUCAGUUGAGAGCUACGUGACCGUUCAAGGGAGGCGCAGGUGUUCGUCAACGAUGAAAGCCGCUGAACUUAAGAUUCGAGUUGAGAAAGAGUGCCCAGGAGAGGAGGGCUUCGGGGACUGGGGAAGACGAGUGGAUUAUAGAGUGAGGGGCGGAUCGAAGGGGAAGGGCAGAUCCUCUGCAGUAGGAAGGUGUUCGUUGCUGGGACGGGUUCAAACUGGACUGAAGGGAGGAGGAAUUCAAGACUCCGAUCUUACUGGGGAUUCAUCACUGGCUAGGGCUCUCGAAUCAAAGCAUGGGCAUCUGCAACUAAGAGAAGAGGGAACAGUAGAUCGUCGAUUGACGAGCCGGGGGAUAUGCCAACUAGAGCAAGAAGUCCGGAUAAUUAAGUCUCAAAAAGUGGAUUUUGGCUUUUUUGAAUAUAGAGAUUUCGCCCACAAGAGACCAGUACCAGCUCCUAAGCCUAAGCUCUUUAUCUUUAGCCUGCAAGCGCUUCCAAAGUUGUUAGCGUGCGUGGGGUUACCUAAGGUCAGAAGUGGAUUCCCUUUCUGGGGUACUUGA